CAACUUUUGAAAGUUCUUUUAUUUUUGCUAUGAAGAAGAAGCCAAAAGUUAUAAACUCUCUGUACAUAACCGCUGCUUCAACACUUGUCUCAAAAACUUUGAUUUUUUCAAUUUUUUUCUUCUUAAAUAACCCCAAAUUAUCUCAUUUUUGUUCAUUACAUUUUAUCCAUUUUGGUUUUUCACCAACUCCAUUGCUCUGUUUUUCUAGUUUCUUGAUUUUUCGGUUAUUUUUUUAUCCAUCGUGAUGUCUCAGACAGGUUUAAUUUCUCCCGAUGCGGUAAAAAGAGAGAUGAAUCCUCAACCAAUGGCGUCUCACCAGAAGAUUGUGAAUAAUCCGACUCUGUUUUGGGAAUGUCUCAGGAAUUUUCACUCUGCUGUGGGCGCAAAGGACACGGUUCCUGUGAUUGGAGGGAAGGAUCUUGAUUUGCAUGUUCUCUAUGUUGAGGUGACUAAAAGGGGUGGCUUUAACAAGGUAGUGGCUGAUAAGAAAUGGAGAGAAGUGAGUUCAAUUUUCAAAUUUUCUCCAACAACAACAAGUGCUUCAUAUGCAUUGAGGAAACAUUAUUUCACUUUGCUUCAUCACUUUGAACAAGUUUACUUUCUCAAACAUGAAGUUCCUAUGUUUGAUAAAGGUUCAUGCUUCAAAGCUGAAGGGAAAAUUGCUGCCAAAUUUGAUUGUGGCUACUUUGUGUCCCUCAAAAUGGGAAGUGAAGUUCUCAAUGGUGUACUUUACCACCCAAAUCAACAAGCUCAACCAUCCUCUUCCAAAUUGGGUGCACAAAGUUGCAACGCGAUUGUGCCUUACUACUCACCACCUAUUUCAGGACGGAGGAACAGGAGGAGGAGGAACGGAGACCCUAAUCGUCCAAAACCUAAUCGGAGUGGUUACAACUUCUUCUUUGCUGAAAAACAUGCAAUGCUCAAAUCUCUUCAUCCACACAGAGAGAGGGAGUUCACUAAGAUGAUUGGAGAGUCUUGGAACAAUCUAUCUCCUGAAGAAAAAAUGGUCUAUCAAGAGUAUGGGGUGAAGGACAAGGAAAGGUACCAGAGGGAACUUAAGGAGUACAAAGAGAGCAUGAUGAACACAUCAUCUUGCUACUAAAAGGUAACUGAUGAAUGGUAGAAGAAGAAGAAGAGCAUGAGAUAAACAUGUAAAUGUUUGUGUGGAUCAAAACCUUAUUAUAAACUUAUAUGUAAUAAUAUAGUCUUAAACUAUUUCCUAACUGUAGUUUCUCUAAACAUAUGUUUACCUAAACUAAUUCUCAUGCUUAUAAGAUGGUCUUGCUUGCUUAUCAAA